AAAGUAAUCAUAUUUUUCAUAACUCAGAAAUAUGUGCAAAAAGUUUUGGUCAUCUCUUAUAUCGUUGUGUUAUUUGAUAGAAAACUAUGAAAUCAUUUCAUCGCUUGUUUGCCAUUGAGUUAAUGGGAAACACAAAUACAUAGCAAAAAGUUGUGAUCAAUACUUUGUAUUUGCAUUGAAAACAUGCAUUUCAAGCAACUAUGAUAUGUUUGACACUAUUUCUCAUACCAUUUAUCUUCACUAUAAGUUAUGCAACUAAUCCUCACUAUAGGCUUCAAAUCACACCUUCGGUUAAGUCAUUCUUUAGGGUCGGGGACUCCCUGUCUCUUAACUGCCGUCUCAUACCAGCCGACGCCAAAAUAUUCCCACUUCGGGUGACUCUUCCGAUCAAUUCGGGUCCUCUGAGCGGAAGGAUUCGCAUCUCAGAGGAGCCAAACAAUCUGACGGUCACUAUCAAAGAGUUACAGGUGAACGACACGGGUUGGUACAACUGCGAGGCCGACGACAACACAGACCCCAUCCAUAAGUCCAUUUACGUGACAAUUCAGGCCCAACACGAGGGCGACUGUCCGGCCAAUACAUUCUUCUCGUGCGGUAAUCGUCUCUGUAUUCCCAAGAGAUAUGUUUGCGACGGCUUUACUGACUGUCCCAACGAUGCCGACGAAAGCGCCGACAUUUGCGGUAAGUGUUGCGCCAAACCAUUGAUCCGUUAA